AUGGCAACUCCAGAGACCAUCACCAGAGGCGAUACCGCCAAAACGGCCGAGGUCUGUGCAGCACACGGCAUCUCGCCGGAAGAGUUCUCGGAGCUCCGCAAGCGUGCAACAGCGGCCAAGUCGACUGCGUAUUGUCCCUACAGCCAGUUCCGCGUCGGAGCUACAGUUCUCUCAAGCGAGGGUGAGCUCACCAGCGGCGCCAACGUGGAGAAUGCGGCGUAUCCCGUGGGAACAUGUGCGGAGCGUGUGGCUCUCGGUACGGCUGUGACAAGCGGUCAUCGCGAUUUCCGGGCCAUCGCCGUCGCUACGGAUAUUGCGCCGCCUGCAAGUCCGUGCGGAAUGUGUAGACAGUUCUUUUGCCGAUGUCUUUUGGACCUGAUCAACUUCCACCCCCUGGAGCACCAGGAACUCACUAGAGGAUAUAUCAUGAUUUAUGAAGCCUUGGAAGAGGUUGAAGGCAAAGAGAUCUAG